UGUACUCUGCAAUGGUUUAGGGUUGAAUAUUCGGUUUUGAGAAGCCACUGUGGAAUAGCCACGAGAGUAGGAACAAUAAUGAUGAUUGGUACACGAUGCAAAGUUGUAAAAAUGUUUGGCUCUGUUGCAGUGUACUCAACGUCGACGGAAAGCGCGGUCAGUGUGGAGAAUCGCGUUUUGAGGAUUCUGGACCCUCACACUCCAAUGGCUCCUAUUCUCAACCAAUGGAUCGAAGAAGGCAAAGACGUGACCGGACCCGAGCUUAAAUGUAUCAUCACUCGCCUCUCUCGUUUUCGUCGCUUCACCCAUGCGCUUCAGGUAUCAGAAUGGAUGAGCAAUGAAAGGAACUAUGAAAUGACUCCAGGAGACAUUGCUAAACGGAUAAGCCUUAUAUCAAAAGUUCGCGGCCUUGAACAAGCUGAGAGUUUUGUUAAAGGUGUACCUGUUGCGAAAAUUGGGUUCAAGGUCUAUGCUGCUCUUUUGAAAUGCUAUGCAGAUCAUAAAUCUUUGGAGGAAGCGGAGGCUGUCAUGAAAAUAGUUAAGGAGUUGCACCCAAUGCACUUAGUUGGGUGUUAUAAUUUGAUGUUGAAGCUCUAUGCUCAGAUGGGUAAAUAUGAUAAAUUAGAUAGGCUGAUGCAAGAAAUGAAGGCGAAGGAUAUCUGCAAUGCUCCUACGUUUACUAUUCGGUUAAAUGCAUAUGUGGCCGCUGCAGACAUAAAGGGGAUGGAGAAGUUACUUAUGCAAAUGGAAGCUGAUCCUGUGGCAACUGUGGACUGGUGUACGUACACUACUGCAGCAAAUGGGUAUCUGAAAAUUCACAAUUUUGAGAAAGUGACAGCAAUGUUAAAGAAAUCAGAGCACCUAUCUAGAGGCAAGACAGUGAGACAAGCCUGUGAAUCUCUUCUAUGUAUGUAUGCUGCAAUUGGGAAUAAGGACGAGGUUUAUCGACUUUGGAGUAGGAUGAAAAGUUUUAAAUAUUCCUAUAACUCAAGUUACCUAAGUGUGUUAAGCUCGUUAGUGAAGCUGGAUGACAUUGAUGGGGCAGAGAAGAUUUUGGAUGAGUGGGAAUCCAAGCAUACACAUUAUGAUGCCAGAAUUCCAAACUUGAUGAUCAAUGUUUAUUGUAAAUGUGGUCAGUUGGAUAAGGCUGAGGCCUAUAUCAGAAGGCUUUUGGAUAGUGGCAAGAAAUUAGAUGGAAGAGCAUGGGACUGUUUAGCCAGUGGCUAUCGCACAGAUAAUGAUAUGGAGAAAGCCGUUCAGACAAUGAAAAAAGCAGUGUUGUCAAAUCGACCGAGAUGGAGACCUAACCCCUUUACCCUGGUUGCAUGUAUCGAGUACCAGAAAGGAAAGGGGGACUUGGAAUUAGCCCUUGAGAUUCUUGAUUUAUGCAAAGAAAACGGCCAUAUCUCAGUCACUUCCUAUGAUCGACUAGUAAGUUAUAUUCGUAGUGAAAUGCCGGAUACAAAACCCCUUGAUCUUAUUAAAGAAGAUUAUCAAAUGGAUGGAAACCCUCAACUUGUCAGAGAAAAAUGGUUCAAUGUGAUAGAUGGGUAGAAUUGAAUUAUCUGUAGAGGAUAUCUUAAGUUUUUUCCAAGAAUGAGUGAAUUAUCUAGCCAUAGCAAUAGCUCUGAUUUCUUUUCCUUGCAUCGUUUCUAGAGACCCAGUUGCAAUUCUCAUCAAUUAUGUUCAAGUGAUUGUGGUGGCGCCCUAAUUUAUUCAUUGUCAUAUUUGUUACCAU